UUUGGCUCUAUAUAUGCAUUCUUAAUUGCCUUGUUCUUCAUUUUCUCAACCUGAAAAUGCAUAGCCAAAAAUCUUUCAAGCUUGUUCUUUGGAUUUGUCUCUCAUUUGCCUCUCUCCAAAACCACAUUGGUUUGUGCAGGGGAGAAAAGUGCAGUGGCAUUAGCCAAGCUCCAACGUUGACACAGACACAGGUGGAAUUCGGUAAUCCUCCGAAGUAUAUGGCUCAAGUGCAAAAUAAGUGUCCAAUGUGCCCAGUUAUUAAUAUUCACUUGGAAUGUGGAAACUUUUCUCAGGCUCUGGUGAACCCCAGAUUGCUGAAAGUAGUAUCAUCCAACGAUUGUGUUGUGAAUAGUGGGUUGCCAUUGGCACCUUUGCAAAUUUUUUCUUUCAAUUAUUCUCAUAACAAAUAUUCCAUGCACCUCGCUACCUGGUCUUUCCAGUGCGAAUGAAAGUGAUAGUGCUGUAUUCUUAAUUAAUUAAAUAAUAUUUUCUUGGAUUUUCUAUAAA